UUCCGGUGGCUCGUCGCGCUCGCUCACUCCAGCUGCAGCGGCUCUCGCCCGUGGCUGCUUCCUCCAUCCUGGUAUUUUUUGGAGCCUCCAUCCUGGUUCUUCCAAAGUGCCCGGACCCAAAACAGGAAUGUUGCAGAGUUAGGAACAUGGGAGAGAUACAAUCUGGAUAACAUGAAAGUGAUGCUGGUGGCUAAGGGAAAGCGACUUGGUUCUGUGGGAAGGGCUACAGCGGAUUCAUCUGUUGUCUAGAUUUGAGUAUGAGCAGAGUUGAAGAGGAUUCUGACACAGUAACAGUAGAAACUGUGAAUUCUGUGACUUUGACUCAGGACACAGAAGGGAACCUCAUUCUUCAUUGCCCUCAGAAUGAAGCUGAUGAAAUAGACUCAGAAGAUAGUACUGAACCUCCACAUAAAAGGCUUUGUUUGUCCUCUGAGGAUGAUCAGAGUAUUGAUGAUUCUACUCCUUGCAUAUCAGUUGUUGCACUUCCACUUUCAGAAAAUGAUCAAAGCUUUGAGGUGACCAUGACUGCAACCACAGAGGUGGCAGAUGAUGAGAUCACUGAAGGGACUGUGACACAGAUCCAGAUUUUACAGAAUGAGCAACUAGAUGAAAUAUCUCCUCUUGGUAAUGAAGAAGUUUCAGCAGUCAGCCAAGCAUGGUUUACAACUAAAGAAGAUAAGGAUUCUCUAACUAACAAAGGACAUAAAUGGAAGCAAGGAAUGUGGUCAAAGGAAGAAAUCGAUAUUUUGAUGAACAAUAUUGAACGCUAUCUAAAGGCUCGCGGAAUAAAAGAUGCUACAGAAAUCAUCUUUGAGAUGUCAAAAGACGAAAGAAAAGAUUUCUACAGGACGAUAGCAUGGGGUCUGAACCGGCCUUUGUUUGCAGUUUAUAGAAGAGUACUUCGCAUGUAUGAUGACAGAAACCAUGUGGGAAAGUACACACCUGAAGAAAUUGAAAAACUCAAGGAGCUCCGGAUAAAGCAUGGCAAUGACUGGGCAACAAUAGGUGCGGCGCUCGGAAGAAGUGCAUCUUCCGUCAAAGAUCGGUGCCGACUGAUGAAGGAUACUUGCAACACAGGGAAGUGGACAGAAGAAGAAGAAAAGAGACUUGCAGAGGUGGUUCAUGAAUUGACAAGCACUGAGCCAGGUGACAUAGUGACACAGGGUGUGUCUUGGGCAGCUGUGGCUGAACGAGUGGGUACCCGCUCAGAAAAGCAGUGUCGUUCUAAAUGGCUGAACUACCUAAACUGGAAACAGAGUGGGGGUACUGAGUGGACCAAGGAAGACGAAAUCAACCUCAUCCUCAGGAUAGCAGAGCUUGAUGUAGCUGAUGAAAAUGAUAUAAACUGGGAUCUGUUAGCUGAGGGAUGGAGCAGUGUACGUUCACCACAGUGGCUUCGAAGUAAAUGGUGGACCAUCAAAAGGCAAAUUGCAAACCAUAAGGAUGUUUCAUUCCCUGUCUUAAUAAAAGGUCUUAAACAGUUACAUGAGAACCAGAAAAACAACCCAUCACUUUUGGAGAAUAAAUCAGGAUCGGGAGUUCCAAACAGUAAUUCCAAUUCCAGUGUUCAGCAUGUUCAGAUCAGAGUCGCUCGCUUGGAAGAUAAUACAGCUAUUUCUCCAAGUCCCAUGACAGCAUUACAGAUUCCAGUCCAGAUCACCCAUGUCUCUUCGACAGACUCCCCUGCUGCUACAGUUGACUCGGAAACAAUAACACUAAACAGUGGAACACUACAGACAUUUGAGAUUCUUCCAUCUUUCCAUUUACAGCCCACCGGCACUCCAGGCACCUACCUACUUCAGACAAGUUCAAGUCAAGGCCUUCCCCUAACCCUGACUGCUAGUCCCACAGUAACACUGACAGCAGCUGCACCUGCUUCUCCUGAACAGAUCAUCGUUCAUGCUUUAUCCCCAGAACACUUGUUGAACACAAGCGACAAUGUCACAGUGCAGUGUCACACACCAAGAGUCAUCAUUCAAACUGUGGCCUCAGAGGACAUCACUUCUUCCAUUUCCCAAGCAGAACUGACAAUAGAUAGUGAUAUUCAGUCUGAUUUUCCUGAGCCUCCAGAUGCACUAGAAGCAGAUACUUUCCCAGAUGAAAUUCAUCAGCCUAAGAUGACUGUAGAGCCAUCAUUUAAUGAUGGACAUGUAUCCAAAUUUAGUGACCAAAAUAGCACAGAACUGAUAAAUAGUGUUAUGGUCAGAACAGAAGAAGAAAUCUCUGACACCGACCUAAAACAAGAGGAGGAAUCACCUUCUGGUUUAGCCCAUGCUUAUGUUACUGAGGAUUUAGAGUCUCCAACCAUAGAAGAACAAGUUGAUCAGACAACAAUUGAUGAUGAAACAAUACUUAUCGUUCCUUCACCACAUGGUUUUAUCCAGGCAUCUGAUGUUAUAGAUACUGAAUCUGUCUUGCCUUUGACAACACUAACAGAUCCCAUACUCCAACAUCAUCAGGAAGAAUCAAAUAUUGGAUCAUCUUUGGGCAGUCCUGUUUCAGAAGACUCAAAGGAUGUUGAGGAUUUGGUAAACUGUCAUUAAGUAAUUCUUAGAAACAGGUAAUUCAAGCAAGAAGCCACCAUGUUAAUUAGGACUUCUCCAAAGAAAUAGCAAACUUCAAGAGGAUUCACUUACCAUUCCUCUGGCUUUUAAGUAGCUACAGUGCUUAAGCCAUGCACAUUGUUGCUGCUAUGACUUUUUAUCUCCUUAUACUAAGUAUAUCAUCUGAGGUCCAGUUUUAUGACAGUGUGGUUGAGUGGAGUAUGGGAAUUUUAACUGCAUAGACCCCUAUGUUUAGUGGUACUUGGCAGCAGGAAAUUUCAUUCACCAAAGUUUAACUGCUUUGAUAUAAAAGCAGUAAUACUCAUCUCUAAAGAUCAGGCAUGGUGUUCUAUCCAAUCUCAAGUAGGCCUCGUUAUCUCUUAGAGAAGUAAUAUCAGCAUGGUCUGGAGCUUAUCGGUAACUUUACAAAAGAUCAAAUAUCACUGGUUUGAGAUUUGACCAGCAUAGAAAUACAGAGACCUGGGAGAUGAUCUGGCAGUUAUUUUUGGUUAACCCAUUGCUGGCAGUGGGAGCUGAUUUAGGCAAGGUAAAGAGGAAAGCAUUAAACAGUUAAUCCACUACAGGUUUUUAAAAUUACUUUUAAAGGAAAUAUGGAUAAGAGUAUUAAUAAUCCACCAGAAGCCAAUAAGCAGUUUUCACCCCCUCAGAAACCACUGUCAUUAGUUUACAAAGUUAGCACUUUGAAGUAAAAUUAAACUACAUGAGGGUUCAGGCAAUGCUGCCUGUCCUUGAUACCAUGACCCUUUACUACGUGUUUUGCUAUAUAAAAUUACCCAGAACAUAGUUGAGGGGUAAGAGAGUUUGCCAUUCACUUAGUGCAUUAGCUGGUCAGAAGUACAAUAUAACUUCUCCCUCUCAGGCAAUUUCAAAAAAAAAAAAUUUGCUUCUGAAACAAAUUAAGAGUCAUUCCUAUACUAAAAAAGGAAUAAGCCAAAACUAGCCUUAGGGCUUUAAUGAAUAUGACCCCUAUAGAAAAAAGACACACACACACAAAAACUUGUAUAAAUUAUUUUAUUUAUUAUUGUAAUUAGAUCUUCACAAUCAAAGUUGUCUUCACUGUUUUGUUAACGUGAAAUGAAAUUGUAGUUAUAAGCAAAAGUUGGUUGCCUAGGGAACAAUAAUUGUAUGUUUAACAGAAAUAAAAGAAUAUUUGUCUUAAAAUGCAAGAUCUUGUUUGUUACAUAGCCUUUUGCCAUGCAAUUACAUUGUAAAAAAUUUUCAUUUCAAAAGUGAAAAUGACUUGUGCUAUUGAGCUUUAAGGGUUGGAAUGUUUACCUUAAAGAAAAACGAAGUGAUCUAUGA